GCCACGCGAGAAUAGACAAGUUACAUUUGAUGGAUUCAAAAUUCAAACAUAUAUAUAACAAUUUGUAUCCUACUUACGCCAUAACCAUUAUAAUUUUUACCACAGAAUGUACUCCAAUUUUUAGCAUAGUUUUAAAAUGGAGGCAAUUCAGCUGUUGAAGUUUAUCCUGGACGAUAUACAAGCGAAAGGCGCAGUCGGUACUACGAUAAAUAAUCAAUACCAUCUUGAAAAACUAAUUGGGAAAGGCGGUUUUGGCGCAGCUUAUUUGGCAGUGGAUAAAAAAGCUCCUAAAAAUGCGCCGAAAAAGGUCCUAAAACGUGUUAUGGUCGAAACGGAAAACAUAGGAAACAAGUCGGUAGUUCGAACAGAGGCUGCUUUAUUGGCAAAACUGAGCCAUCCGUACAUUGUAAAGUUCCACGAGAGCUUUUUCGACAAAAAUAUAUUCUGUAUAAUAUCAGAAUAUUGUGAGGGCGGAGACUUAGCAGACCAGAUAGAAAAACUAGAAAAGUCGGACCGUGCGUUUGGGGAUCAAAUGGUUGAAAAGAUUGCUUACCAGCUUUUAUGUGCACUGAAUUAUCUGCACACGAAAAAAGUUUUACACAGAGACUUAAAGCCAGCGAACGUACUUUUAAAAGGCGGAGACGUAAAACUGACCGAUUUUGGCGUCUCCAAAAAGCUGGGCGUACAAGAAUACCUAACUAAAACAUUGACUGGGACUAUUCUAUAUGUGGCGCCUGAGAUUUUAGAAGAGAAGCCAUACAGCACAAAAUGCGACCUUUGGUCCCUUGGUGUUGUUUUCUAUGAGAUAUGUACACUCAAGCACCCAUUUGAAUCCAAUAUAGCAGCUAUUUUAACUGGAAGUUUACCUACGCUGCCCAACCAAGCACACCAAAGAAUUCUGUCAAAGAUGUUGGUGAGACAGACAGAUCAAAGAUGCAAUGCAAUUGACAUUCUAAAGGAUCCAGUGUUUUCUAAUAUAAGGAAAAAUUCUGACAUUGAAGUUCGAAUGGUUCCCCGAGCAGAAGUAAACCUUUUUAAAGGAGACAUUACAAAAGAAAAUGUAGAUGCAAUUGUAAUUGGCGUUGCGAAACAAGAUUUAACAAAUCUUGGAAAUUCUCCAUUGGCUGGCGCUGUUCUAAAAGCAGCAGGAAAAGAGUUGCAGGACGAUUGUAACGCCAGUGCUGCAUCAAAACCAGAUAUGUGGUCAGUUGUUCAAGUCAAUAGCCACCAACUUCCAUGCAUUCGUGUAUACAUUGUACUUAUGGAGCAUUACAAUGAAAACAAUUCUGAAAAAAUCAAAAAAAGCUAUUCCGCGGCAGUAAAAAAAUGCCUUGAAAAUGCAGAGGGAAAUGGUUUUUCAACGAUAUCGUUUUGCGCUAUGGGGGCAGGGGGCAUGGAGUAUCCUAUUGAAGAAAUAGCUCGUUGGAUGCAAGAUGAGUUCAGAGCGUUUCGGACGACUAAUUUAAAGAACAUAAGAUUGGUCAUUUUUCCAACAGACAUAUUUGCUUUACAGGUUAUUUCCUGUGUUUUUAACGAAACUGAGACAACUAUUGGAAAACUAAAAGUGAAAAUUCACUGUGGUGAUGUCAUAAGUGAAGAUUGUGAUGCAAUAAUUGACAGUUGUGAUCCACAGUAUAAAAUGAAUCAAGGGACACUGGCGCCUGCUGUUCGCAGCAGAGGGGGUGCGGUAAUUGCGGCAGAAUUAAGUGCCACCAAAAAAGUUGACGGUGUAGUAGUCACUACCGGUGGUGACAUAACCUUGGUCCAAUACAUACUACAUAUAGCUGUAAACAAAAGCAACUUGGUGGAAAAAUUAGUUGCAGCAUUAAAUGUAGCAGAACAACUGGAAAUGCAUACUGUUGCUAUACCAGCAAUUGGAACAGGUGAUCUUGGGCUUGAAGUUCACAUAUCAGCCAAUUGUAUUCGCCUCGCAAUUGAAAAGUUCUCUCAAAGUUACCCAAAUGCUAAAAACCUGCGUCAAAUUACAGUUGUUGUAUACCAAGCAAUAAUGCUGUCAGAUUUUCAGCAGAUUUUAUGCAAUGCUAUUGACCCAGAACUGCGACAAUUAUUGGAAAAGGGCGGAAACCCCAAAAAAUGCUCAAUUUCAUAAUUUUUAACCAUUUUUUUCGAAUGUAUUGAGAUAUGUUAGCCAUACAUUUAAAAAUAUUAAAAAUUUCUGCUAAAAAUUCUUACCCACAAAGUUAAAUACGGUGCGUUAACCCAUUUUGUUUACCUUUUAAAAACAAUGGUGCAAAAGAAGGCAAGACAAUUUAAGAACCAAAAUAUGUUAAAUUGUGAAAAAUGUACUCAUUAAGUUUAAACAAAAACAGUAUUUAUGUCAGCAUUAGU